AUGGCUGCUCAGAAAUCACCAAAAGAGGAUCCUGUCAAGGAGGUAAAAUCAAUUGCAAAGAACAUAAUUGAUGGUCUUUUUGAUAACUUGAUGGAGAAGAAUGUGUUAAAUGGAGAAGAGUUAAACCGAUUGGCAAAAAGAGUGAACGUCAUUGUGAAUACGACUGAAAAUCUGGUUGAAGAUAUCACUGAGAAAACACAAAAGACGGGAAAAAUAUUUAUGGAUUUCUUCUUAAACCACAAGAAACAACUGAGUUUAAAAUCUCAUUCGGAAAGUGAUGAUGAUGAUGCAUCUGAGAAGAAUUCUGAAUCAUCUUCAGAAGAAGAAGACGAAAACCAAGAUAGUGAACCUGAGGAAAAUGCUGCAUCAGCCCAGGCAUUGGCUCUCCCUUCAACAGUGCCCUUGAUUCUGCAGGAAGCCGAUAAUGAAUUGAAGCUUUGCCCUCCUGAUCAUUUCCAACAAAUGAAGAGAAAAAAGGCAAAUCAGAUAUAUUCAGUGAUGGAAAAGGAAGGCCGGACACGCCUUGCCCUUAUCAUCUGCAACAAAGAAUUUGACCAUCUUACUACUCGAGCUGGGGCAGAAAUUGACAUUAUGUCAAUGCAAUACCUGCUGGAAAAUCUUGGAUAUUUAGUGGUUGUUAAACAGAAUCUCACAGCUCAGGAAAUGGAAAUAGAGCUAAAGCAGUUUGCUGCCCGCCCAGAGCACAAGUCCUCAGACAGCACAUUUCUGGUAUUUAUGUCCCAUGGCAUCUUGGAUGGAAUCUGUGGAAAGAGCUACAGUUCACAACAGCGAGAUAUUCUGAAAGAUGAUACUAUCUUUCAAAUAUUCAACAACAGGAAUUGCCAGAACCUGAAAGAUAAACCUAAAGUUAUCAUCAUGCAAGCCUGCAGAGGUGAAGGUACUGGAUUUGUUUGGAUGGCUGACAUGGGAGCAGAUUCUGCAAGUAGUUUACAGACCACUCAACAUCCCAUCCAGAGUGAUGCAAUAACAAAGACCCAUGUGGAAAAGGACUUUAUUGCUUUCAAAGCAUCAACCCCACAUAAUAUUUCUCUGAGAUGUGAAACAAAUGGCUCUCUCUUCAUUUCCCGACUUGUCAGCUACUUUAAAAAGUAUUCUUGUUAUUGCCAUUUGGAGAAAGUUUUUAGAAAGGUUCAACACUCAUUUGAAACCCCAGCUGAAUGGACCCAGAUGCCCACCAUUGAAAGAGUAACCCUGACAAGAUACUUCUACCUCUUUCCUGGAAAUUGA